UCUGUUUCUCUCAUUCUUUCUUCUUUCUCCUUGGAAACUCAAAAUCAAGGAAAAGAAGAAGGUGGAAACAAAAACAUUGCAUUACAUAAAAAAUAUAUACAUACAUUCAGUUCCAGUGAAGCCACAACCAUCCAUCCAUGGCGGAGAAGGGUAAACCAUUGCCUAAGUUUGGGGAAUGGGAUGUGACCGAUCCAUCAUCGGCUAAUGAUUUCUCUGUAAUCUUCAACAAAGCCAGGAAUGAGAGGAAGUAUGGUACUAAGGUCAGUUUACCCCCUAAGCGUCGCAAUUCACCAAACUACAACGCUCAUGAUGCACUUCGCAAAUCCCAUUAUAUCUGCAGAGCCAUGAGGAGGCUUUUCAGUUCAUGACAGUUUAGAAAUAUGAUAUGGGACUCUGGAGCUUCAUUAAAGCUAUGGUGGGUCCUGCUGGAAUCUUUGAUCAUAUAUAUACAUACUUAGUGUACAUUAUGGCUUGACUAGGAAACGAAUAUCGCAUUGAAACAUGCGAUUUCUGGGGUGUGUUCAAAAAUUGUUGGUUUCACACCUCAUCCACUCGAGAUUUUUUUAAUUUUUUUAUCCAUUCAAGUUUCCCUCUAUUAUUCAUGUAAAGAGGAAUUUGAUAAUUUUAUGUAACUGUGUUCUUAUUUGUGGACGUAGAUGGCAUCGUUUGCCAUCUUUCUGUCGUCCCA